AACGGAUGUGUUUCAUAUUGGUUUCAUCGUGGUUUGCGUGCUAUGCUGUUCCACCAAAUCCUUAAAAAUAAGGACAAAGUGUUCGCUCGAUCGCCACAACAAAAGAAUAAAAAAAUACAAUGGCUGUCGGGUUUUCUCGUUCUCAUAUACUAGCAGUGGUUCAAUUUUUAUUUCCCUCUUCUCUUCUUUCUUCCUUGCCUUAUACGUCCUUCGCCCCAAAACUAAAAUCCCAAACAAUAUAGUUUUGGCGCAGAAGAAGGAAUGGAUAUAAAGAAGAAGGAAGAAAUCAAAACAUUGGAUGUUUCUAUUGCAUUUCCUCAAGCAACCCCUGCAGCAGCCUUUCCUCCUUGCACUUCUGACUACUAUCAGUUUGAUGAUUUAUUGACGCCGGAAGAGCAAUCCGUACGAAUGAAAGUGAGGAAGUUCAUGGAGAAAGAAGUGGCACCCAUUAUGACCAAAUACUGGGAGAAGGCUGAGUUUCCAUUUGAAGUAAUUCCCAAAAUUGGUGCUUUGAAUGUUAUUGGUGGUGGACUCCAGGGGUAUGGGUGUCCUGGUCUCUCAGUGACUGCAAGCGCCCUCGUGUUUGUAGAAGCUGCUAGAGUUGAUGCAAGCCUAUCUGUUUUCAUUUUGGUGCAUGAUUAUUUGGCAAUGCUAACCAUUGGACUGUGUGGGUCAGAGAUUCAAAGGCAGAAUUAUUUACCAUCAUUGGCCAAACUUGAAAGCAUUGGUUGUUGGGCCCUUACAGAACCCGAAUACGGAAGUGAUGCAAGUUCUUUGACAACAACUGCACAAAAGGUUAAAGGAGGUUGGAUCCUUGAAGGACAAAAGCGUUGGAUAGGGAACAGCACUUUUGCAGAUGUUCUCAUUGUUUUUGCAAGAAACACCUCCACGAACAAGAUAAAUGGAUUCAUAGUAAAGAAAGAUGCUCCGGGAUUGGAAGCUAUGAAAAUGGAGAAUAAAAUUGGGAUGAGGAUUGUUCAAAAUGGAGAUGUUCUCCUAAAGAAAGUCUUUGUGCCAGAUGAGGACAGGCUCCCGGGUGUAGACUCUUUCCAGGAUACAAAAAAGGUUCUUGCUGCUUCUCGUCUCAUGGUUGCAUGGCAACCUGUUGGCAUUUCUAUGGGUGUUUAUGACAUGUGCCACAGGUAUCUGAAAGAGAGGAAGCAGUUUGGAGCUCCAUUGGCUGCUUUCCAGCUCAACCAGCAGAAACUGGUCAAGAUGUUGGGAAACAUUCAGGGGAUGUUCCUUGUUGCUUGGCGUCUCACAAAGAUGUACGACAGUGGUAAGAUGACUCAUGGUCAUGCCAGCUUGGCCAAGUCAUGGAUUACACUAAGGGCAAGGGAAACUGUUUCACUCGGGAGGGAGUUACUUGGUGGCAAUGGAAUCUUGGCUGACUUUCUAGUUGCAAAGGCAUUUUGCGAUAUGGAGGCAGUCUACACAUAUGAAGGGACCUAUGAUGUUAACACAUUGGUCACAGGUAGAGAAGUCACUGGCAUCCCUACUUUCAAGCCAGCCUUCGCCAACCAAAGGACUCGCCUCUAAUUUAUUACUACCUCCGUCCCAUAUCUCUCUUCGCAUUGCACUAUUUUAACUUCACCUGAAUUUUUAUUUAUUUGUAUUUUUUCAUGGCUUAUAUGAUAAAAUAAAGUCAACACUUGUUUCGUUGAACUUUUGAUGUAGUUUUUAAAUAUGUAAAUUUUAUUUUUAAUUUUUAUACCAAUAUUUAAAUAAAAUAUAUUCAAAAAACUUGGAGUUUUUCUUCGUUUUGCGCAACGUGAAGAAAGAUAUGGAACGGAGAGUUUGUGUUAGAGGUUUUUGACUUCAAUUCGUCCCCUAUAUGAAAAUCCCGUUUGUGUGGUGUUUUGUGAGGUUUUAGCCUGGCCUAGUCGUACUCAGAGUGUGGUGAGAUUGUCCUGACUGAACUCUUUGUUGUAGGGUGUGCUUUGCUUUGGUGGCUGUAUGAGUGUGUACCUGAGUGGCUUUUUAGUGUUGUCUUUUUGUGUGUUUCUCCCACUGGACUUUUGACUU